AGUGACGUUUCAGCGCAUGUGCUGUACGCGGAAGUUAACAAGAAUGCAGAGAGAAGGACUGUGAAAGAAGCAAAAGAAAGGGGUGCAGAAUGCGGCUGUGCUUUUGCAGUGUCCCUGAUCCUCUGCCAUGCUGAAGACCCCACGCUGUGCUGCAUUUGUAAAUAUGAGACCGUUGUUGAAUACAGUGUAUGCAUGUCUAAGUCUGCUGCCUCCCUGAAGUCCAUGAUGGAUCGCUCCAUGACCGUCUUAAGCGUGUGGGAGUGAAGCCUUGGAUAUUUGAGCAAGAUGGAAGGAGACGUGGCUGUACAAUGGGAUACGAUCGAGCCGGCUGUUGUUUCUCUGGCCACUCCAUGUUACGGAAAUGACAGCCAUGUGAUAUCAUCACAAGGACCCGAGUGUGAACAGGAGACGGGUGAUGGUUUUGAUUGUGAAUUCCCUGACGAAGACUUUGAUUUGGACGUAGAUGAGAAUGAAGAGCAAAAUACCAAAACUGAAGAUCUGAACGACGAUCAGGUGCGAGAUAGGAUUUCUGAGGAAGACCUGGAGACAUGUGAAAGAGGAGGAAAAGUUGAAUUAGAGAAUGAUUUUAGAGACAACGGAGAGACUAGAUCUCGCAGUGCUGGAACGGGUCGGAAAGGAAAGUCUAAAAAGGGUGGAUCGGGCGAUCAAACCCCAUCAUGGACAUCUCCAUCUUUCAUGUCUCAGAAAUCCCUGCUGGCGUCCUCUGGGCCCAGCAGACACAAGCAGGUGAAGCGGCGAAACCUCCAUCUGCACAAUCACAGACGCCAGAAGAAGGGGAUCCAGCUGGUGAUGGUGUGCUGGGAUUUCCUGGCAGACGUGGUCAGCCCCUGGUGCGUGUCCUGCGUCCACAUGUUGGUGGAGCUCAUCAUCUCUCUGACCCACCGCUGUGGGCUUGCUGUUGAGUCAUCUGCACUUGCACUGUACCACUUUGGACGACACUUGCUUUCCAAAGUGACAGAUAUUCCAGGCAUGACGCGAGACUUGAGGCGAUUCCUGGACUGGAGCUGGGGUUCAGCUGUGGCUGUGUUUGAAGGCAUCGGCAGGUCUGUGCGCUGGGCUCGACACGCUCUUCUUUACAGUUCGAGAUUGGUUUGUGCUGCACUAAGCUCUGGCUCUCAGAUGAUGAGGUGUAUUGUGGGAAGGCUGGCAGGAGAGAGAGGAAGGAAAUGGUGGCUUGCUCUUCAGAGCAGCAGGGUUUGGAGGAAAGUGUCAGAUCUGAGCAUGAGGAUUCAUGGGUGUUUCUUUAAAAAAGCCGUCAUGAGUGAAAGCUCAAAUCCAGAGUCUCCCAACAGAGGAGCAGACAAGUGGCAACCUGGUGGAGAGCUGCAGAGACUGCUGGCUCUCGCAAAGAUCCCUGAAGAGGAGUUGGACCCGUUUAAUGUUCUUGGAGUGGAUAUUGAUGCCACUGAAUCAGAGCUCAAGAGAGCUUAUAGACAGCUGGCAGUGCAGGUUCAUCCAGACAAGAACAAGCACCCAGGGGCUGGUGAGGCCUUUAAGGUGUUGAGAGCAGCGUGGGACAUCGUGAGUAACCCCGAGACUCGGCGAGAGUAUGAAUUGAAGCGUAUGGCAGCGACAGAGCUUUCAAAGUCCAUGAAUGAGUUCCUGACCAAACUGCAGGAUGACCUGAAAGAAGCCAUGAACACCAUGAUGUGCACUAAAUGUGAGGGCAAGCACAAGCGCUUCGAGAUGGACCGUGAGCCCGGUGAGGCCCGAUUCUGUGCUGAAUGUAGUAAGAGGCACAGUGCUGAGGAGGGAGACCUGUGGGCUGAAUCCAGUAUGCUGGGACUGCGCAUCACAUACUUCGCCUUCAUGGAUGGCAAAGUCUUUGACAUCACUGAGUGGGCAGGCUGUCAGCGAAUAAGCAUCUCUCCAGACACACAUCGUGUGCAAUAUCACAUCUCUUUUGGCUCGAAAGGUAGCAGCAGCACCAGCCGCCACAGAUCCCCCUCAGAUCACGCAGCCGGUGGAGGCUCACCCGCAGACCUGCACGACUUCUUCAACCGCUUCUUCCAGACUGGAGCUCCCAGUGACAUGUCUGCUAACGGAGGAUUCUUCCCGACAGGAAACCCACCGCCUCAUUCCUCGGGGGCAGCUGCAGGGACUUCAACAGCGUUUUCAGGAUCUUCUCCACAAACAGGGUUCUUUAGUCCAGGGGCCCAACAACGGAGCGAAUCCAGCGAACACUGGACUGACGGAGGAAAGCCCCCACGCCGACGCAAGAAAGUGCGCAAGCCAUUCCAGCGCUGAGAAAUGCAAUAUCAUACAGAGAUGGCAUACUGUCUGUUGCAAUUUUUGACAUGAUUUUGGCCAACUAGUGCAACAAAACAAGGAAAUAAUCUUGUGACCUCUGUUGAGCAUUGGAGCAUUGGAGCAUUGACGCGUUGAAGCACGCAAAGAAGGAUGCAAGAAGAAGAUCUUUGCUGUCUCAUGUUUGAAGUCCUUUUUUUUUUUGUCACAAAUUAACCUUCAUUCAAGCAUCUGAAAUAACAUUCUUUGAAGAAACAGAAGGACUCAAGAGUCACGAGUAGAUUAACUGGUGUAUCUGAAGAAUAGUUGACCCAAUGUUUAAAACUGUCACUAUUUAUUCACCUGCAUGUUGUUCCAAGCCUUUAUGCCUUAUUUUUGCUUUGUAUCUUCUCAGAGCUUUUUUCAGUAGAACGUCAAGCUCCAGGACAAACAGAAAAAUACCCACCGUUAUAAAAGUAGACCAUGUGACUUGUGUAUGCUACGUUUUAAGUCUUCUAAAGACGUCAGUUAGCUUUGUGUGACAACCAAUUAACCGAAUUGAAGCUGUUCUUCUCCAACAUAGCUGUUAAAUUUGGCCCAGGUUUGAUAUGAUGGUCAUGGGAUACAUGAUAACCAAGAUAACCUUUCAGUGGAGGGGAGCUUGUUUUGUUUUGAGAUUGACAGAAUCAGACUCGCAGUAAAAAAUAGCAUCAGAGUUUGAAACGACAGGGUAAUUAUGGCAUUUUUUAUUUUGGGGUGAAGUUUUACUUUAAAGAUGUUUGGUUUUGUCAGGUUUGAAAUGGUGAAUCUGAUGGAAAAUGUUCACUAUGUGGCUGAAUGUUUUGUAAUAUAUGAACACACAAGGAUUCAUGUGACCUCAGGGAUCUUUCUCUUCAUCUGCUGUUAGUAAGAGAACAGGAAGAAGUCUCCAGAUGCUCCUGGUCUUAUCCUGUAGUGAUCAUGCAAUCCCGAGGAAUCAUUUUACCAGGCAGUUCUUAUUAAAACCAGAUUUUAUUUUGUUCAUUUUUUUCACUUGUUAAGGAGAGAAUUACUUCAAAUAUCUACAAAUACUUUAUUGUACAAACAAAAUACUCAACAUGGGUUAAUAUUCCAGAAUAAUAUACUCACUCAACUGAAUGAAGCUUUGAAUCAGAAGAUGAAAGAAUCGAGAGGAUUUUCACAUCAAAUGCUCGUCCUGUAACUGGAGCUCUUGACUGAUUUGGUUUGUGUUUGUUUAUGCAGUGGAUCUCUGGAGCUGGAAUAGCUUCCAGUGUGCAUUAUAUUUAGAAUAAGGAUACCAAUCCAAAUUGAAUAAGUUAAAGUAAUGGUGAGUGAAUCUUAAAUGUAGAUCUUGAAGUCUAAAAGGGUUUUUGAUGUGAAAACCCCAGAGCCUCCCUUUAAGAGGAAGUCCACUUUCUUAUCACUCAGGAAUCAUUUUAAAAGACAGUUGCUUCCUUCCUCCACUGGAGCCAUUAUUCAGGCCCAAACCUGACGUCUUUGGCUCAUGACAUCGUGGCCAGUCUUCUCUGUAUUUACAGAAGACCCAAAAUACUUUACAACACAAGACUGCUUUCCCUCUGUACAGCUGAACAUAGAAGCGUACUAAUACUGUUCAGUUUCAAGUGUUCUCAAGUCUUCAGAAAUGCGUUCAGGAUGUUUGUGUUCAGUUUUAUUUAAAAGUCCUGAAAAAGGCACUUUAAUGACAGAAAUCCCCAGAAUAUUAAGGAGACUGCAGAAUUACAAUCAGAUUGCUAUGUUCUUUGUCAGUCAUCUUUCAGCUUAAGAGAUUUCAGAUGGAAAAAGCGUAAGAUGGGUAUAAUGGUUUAAUGUGGUUACUCGGUCAUUUAGAAGCUGUGCAUGAUUAACAGCAGCACAUUCACUUCUGAAAUGUUCGUAAAGUCUAGAAUGACUGACCACACUCUAACUACAGUUGAGUCAAACUCAAUGGUUCGAUUUCUGAAUUGUUACUGAAUCUUUCGGGUAACCCUGAGUUUUGUAAAUCUUCAGUCAGAUUUUCAAACUAUUCUAAUGUUCUGUUUUUCUUUGCAAUGUUCCGUUGACAUGGGCAAAUGUUAUUUAAUUUCUAUUCACAGCUGUUAAUUGAAGUGGUAUAAUAGAAAUAAAAUGGACAGUUUAUUAUUGCACUAAA